GGCCCUCGGCUGCGAGUCGGUGGGGGGAGGGGAGGGGAGAGCCCGAGCGCUGGAGUUGGUGCUGGGAAACCCGGGGCUAAUGUUGACAACAGGCUCGAGAUUGUCCUGGGUAACAUAAUGCCAGCUGAGCGUAAAAAGCCAGCAAGUAUGGAAGAAAAAGAAUCUUUACUAAACAACAAGGAAAAAGACUGCGGUGAAAGGCGGCCAGUGAGCAGCAGGGAGAAACCAAAAGACGAGAUCAAGCUUACUGCCAAGAAGGAGGUUAUUAAGGUCCUUGAAGAUAAAAAGAAGAAACUGGAAGAAGAUAAGAGAAAAAAAGAAGACAAGGAACGCAAGAAAAAAGAAGAAGAAAAGGUGAAGGCAGAGGAGGAAUUAAAGAAAAAAGAAGAAGAAAAAAAGAAACAUGAAGAGGAAGAGAGAAAGAAGCAAGAAGAGCAGGCAAAACGUCAGCAAGAAGAAGAAGCCGCCCAGUUGAAAGAGAAAGAGGAAUCCUUGCAGCUUCAUCAGGAAGCUUGGGAGCGACAUCAGUUAAGGAAGGAACUUCGUAGCAAAAACCAAAAUGCUCCCGACAGCCGACCAGAGGAAAAUUUCUUUAGCCGACUAGAUUCAAGUUUGAAGAAAAAUACUGCUUUUGUCAAGAAACUAAAAACUAUUACGGAACAACAGAGAGACUCCUUGUCCCAUGAUUUUAAUGGCCUAAAUUUAAGCAAGUACAUUGCAGAAGCUGUAGCUUCUAUUGUGGAAGCAAAGCUAAAAAUAUCUGAUGUGAAUUGUGCUGUGCACUUAUGCUCUCUCUUUCACCAGCGCUAUGCUGACUUUGCCCCAUCCCUUCUUCAGGUUUGGAAAAAACAUUUUGAGGCAAGGAAAGAGGAGAAAACACCUAACAUUACCAAGUUAAGAACUGAUUUACGUUUCAUUGCAGAAUUGACAAUAGUUGGGAUUUUCACUGACAAGGAAGGUCUUUCCUUGAUCUAUGAACAGCUAAAAAAUAUUAUUAAUGCUGAUCGGGAAUCCCAUACUCACGUUUCUGUGGUGAUUAGUUUUUGUCGACAUUGUGGAGAUGAUAUUGCCGGACUUGCCCCAAGGAAAGUGAAGAGCGCUGCCGAGAAGUUCAAUUUGGGUUUUCCUCCUAGUGAGAUAAUUAGUCCAGAGAAACAACAACCUUUCCAGAAUCUUUUAAAAGAAUACUUUACGUCUUUGACCAAACACCUGAAAAGGGACCACAGGGAGCUACAGAAUACUGAGAGACAAAACAGGCGUAUUCUGCAUUCUAAAGGAGAGCUAAGUGAAGAUAGACAUAAACAGUAUGAGGAAUUUGCUAUGUCUUAUCAGAAGCUGCUGGCAAAUUCUCAAUCCCUAGCAGACCUUUUGGAUGAAAACAUGCCAGAUCUUCCUCAAGACAAACCCACACCGGAAGAGCAUGGGCCUGGAAUUGAUAUAUUUACACCUGGUAAACCUGGAGAAUAUGACUUGGAAGGUGGUAUAUGGGAAGAUGAAGAUGCUCGGAAUUUUUACGAAAACCUCAUUGAUUUGAAAGCCUUUGUUCCAGCCAUCUUGUUUAAAGAUAAUGAAAAAAGUUGUCAGAAUAAAGAGUCCAACAAAGAUGAUUCCAAAGAGGCAAAAGAACCUAAGGAUAGUAAGGAAGUAUCAAGUCCCGAUGAUUUAGAACUUGAGUUGGAGAACCUAGAAAUUAGUGAUGACACUUUGGAGUUAGAGGGUGGCGAUGAAGCUGAAGAUCUUACAAAGAAACUUCUUGAUGAGCAAGAACAAGAGGAUGAAGAAGCCAGCACUGGAUCUCAUCUCAAGCUCAUAGUAGAUGCUUUCCUCCAACAGUUGCCCAACUGUGUCAACCGAGAUCUGAUAGACAAGGCAGCAAUGGAUUUUUGCAUGAACAUGAACACAAAAGCAAAUAGGAAGAAGUUGGUGCGGGCACUCUUUAUAGUUCCCAGACAAAGGUUGGAUUUGCUACCAUUUUAUGCAAGAUUGGUUGCUACAUUGCAUCCCUGCAUGUCUGAUGUAGCAGAGGAUCUUUGUUCCAUGCUGAGGGGGGAUUUCAGAUUUCAUGUACGAAAAAAGGACCAGAUCAACAUUGAAACAAAGAACAAAACAGUUCGUUUUAUUGGAGAACUAACUAAGUUUAAGAUGUUCACAAAAAAUGAUACACUGCAUUGCUUAAAGAUGCUUCUAUCAGACUUUUCCCAUCACCAUAUUGAAAUGGCAUGUACCCUACUGGAAACAUGUGGAAGAUUUCUUUUUAGAUCUCCAGAAUCUCACCUGAGGACCAGUGUACUUUUGGAACAAAUGAUGAGAAAGAAACAGGCAAUGCAUCUCGAUGCAAGAUAUGUCACAAUGGUGGAGAAUGCAUAUUACUACUGCAACCCGCCUCCAGCUGAGAAAACAGUGAAAAAGAAACGUCCUCCUCUCCAGGAAUAUGUCCGGAAACUUUUGUACAAGGAUCUCUCCAAGGUUACCACUGAGAAGGUUUUGAGACAGAUGCGAAAGUUGCCCUGGCAGGACCAGGAAGUGAAAGACUACGUUAUUUGUUGUAUGAUAAACAUCUGGAAUGUGAAAUAUAAUAGUAUUCAUUGUGUAGCCAACCUCUUAGCAGGACUGGUGCUCUACCAAGAGGAUGUUGGAAUCCAUGUUGUGGAUGGAGUUUUAGAAGAUAUUCGAUUAGGAAUGGAGGUUAAUCAACCUAAAUUUAAUCAGAGACGUAUCAGCAGUGCCAAGUUCUUAGGGGAACUUUAUAAUUACCGAAUGGUGGAAUCAGCUGUUAUUUUUAGAACUCUGUAUUCUUUUACUUCAUUUGGUGUUAACCCUGAUGGCUCUCCGAGUUCACUGGACCCUCCUGAGCAUCUUUUCAGAAUUAGACUAGUGUGCACUAUUUUGGAUACCUGUGGCCAGUACUUUGACAGAGGUUCCAGUAAAAGAAAACUCGAUUGCUUCCUUGUAUAUUUUCAGCGUUAUGUUUGGUGGAAGAAAAGUUUGGAGGUUUGGACAAAAGACCAUCCAUUUCCUAUUGACAUAGAUUACAUGAUCAGUGAUACACUAGAACUGCUAAGACCAAAGAUCAAACUCUGUAAUUCUCUGGAAGAAUCCAUCAGGCAGGUACAAGACUUGGAACGAGAAUUCUUAAUAAAACUAGGCCUAGUAAAUGACAAAGAUUCAAAAGAUUCUAUGACAGAAGGAGAAAAUCUUGAAGAGGAUGAAGAAGAAGAAGAAGGAGGAGCUGAAACAGAAGAACAAUCUGGAAAUGAAAGUGAAGUAAAUGAACCAGAGGAAGAGGAGGGUUCUGAUAAUGAUGAUGAUGAAGGAGAGGAAGAAGAGGAAGAGAAUACAGAUUACCUUACAGAUUCAAACAAGGAGAACGAAACUGAUGAGGAAAAUACCGAGGUAAUGAUUAAAGGUGGCGGACUUAAGCAUGUGCCUUGUGUAGAAGACGAGGACUUCAUUCAAGCCCUGGAUAAGAUGAUGCUGGAAAAUCUUCAGCAACGAAGUGGCGAAUCUGUUAAAGUGCACCAACUCGAUGUUGCUAUUCCCUUGCACCUCAAAAGCCAGCUCAGGAAAGGGCCCCCACUUGGUGGUGGGGAGGGAGAAGCAGAGUCUGCAGACACAAUGCCGUUUGUCAUGUUAACAAGAAAAGGCAAUAAACAGCAGUUUAAGAUCCUUAAUGUACCCAUGUCUUCCCAACUUGCUGCAAAUCAUUGGAACCAGCAACAGGCAGAACAGGAAGAGAGGAUGAGAAUGAAAAAGCUCACACUAGAUAUCAAUGAACGGCAAGAACAAGAAGAUUAUCAAGAAAUGCUGCAGUCUCUUGCCCAGCGCCCCGCUCCAGCAAACACCAAUCGGGAGCGGCGGCCUCGUUACCAACAUCCAAAGGGAGCGCCUAAUGCGGAUCUAAUCUUUAAGACUGGUGGGAGGUAG